AUGGCCGCGGCGGGUCCUUCGUCUGCAUCUCAUGCAUUAGAGCCCUCGUGGGCCGCAGGCUCCCGUUGCACUUCACCAUCCAAGGCAGCGGUACUGUCCAUUACGCAGCCGAUGGUCAUCGCGCUGCUUCCGCAUUGCAUUCGCGGCAAUGCGAUCCUGCCAGGCACCGUCCACACGCAGCUGGCUGAGCCGGAUAUGCAGAUUGAGACGAAGCGGAAGCAGCUGGAGCAGUGGAUGCCGCUCGGGAUCAGCAAGCCGUGGGAUAUUGCUUGUUGA